AUGAGCCACGUUACUCGCCGAGCGCUCUCGACGCUCAUUCCCCCCAAGGUUGCUUCGCCGAACGCUAUCGGCGCUGCCCCCGAUGCCGUCCGCAUGAAGCGCGUCGUCAACUUCUACUCGAAGCUUCCCAGGGGUGCCGCUCCCGAGCAGAAGCCCACGGGUAUCCUCGGUCGCUACCAGGCGAAGCACUUUGGCAAGAACCCGACCGCUAAGCCUAUCAUUCAUGCCAUUGCCUUCAUUCUCGCUGUCGGCUACGCCCAGAACUACUACUUCCACCUCCGCCACCACAAGAACAACCCCCACUAA